UUCCUCUUUGGUGCGGUCACAUUUUCUGUCUGCAUUCUUGAACUGAAAGUGAAAACCCAUUUCUCGAUCCCUAAAUUUCUCUAGGUUUCUUGAGGUGCUUCUUAAUCUACCCCUUGUUUCUAAGGAUUUGUGUUGGAUUUGGUGUUAUUUUUGGCGUUUCAGUUGUGUUUUCAAUUGGGGGUUUGUGCUAAAACUUCUGUUUCUAUGUGCUUGUUGAUGUUACAAUCUUACAAUCAUGCGUUUGGUGCCUGCCCGUCAUUUGCAAACGAGAAAAAGGGAGAAAUGGGGGCGGGGAGGAAGAAAAAGACGAACCCUUUACCGGAAAGAGUUGUGCGGCAUCCAAGUGUUAACUGCAGUGUAACAGCAAGGAAUUUGAGGACUGAUGAACUUGGAGGCGUCAUACUUGGCUGUACAAGGCACACCAUGAACGAAUGCCUCACUAACAAGAUAUUUGGUUUACCAGCUUUCCAUAUCUUAUACAUAAGGAAGAUCAAACCUGGGUUCACGCUUUUCUUGUUCAAUUACUCUGAUCGAAAAAUGCAUGGAAUUUUUGAAGCUGCAAGCAAUGGGGAAAUGAAUAUCAACCCAUAUGGAUGGAGUGAAGAUGGUCAAGAGCUUACUAAAUAUCCUGCGCAGGUUCGCAUUUGUGUCAGAAAGCAAUGCAAGUCACUGUUGGAAGACCAGUACAAGCCAGUACUCAUAGACAACUACUACACUGAACAUCAUUUUUGGUUUGAACUUGACCGUACUCAGACCGGUAAUUUGGUCUCACUGUUUGAAUCCUUGCACAUUGAUAAGCCGAAACUGGAUUCUAAACAUGAUAAUCAAGUUGAAAGUGAGAGAGUCUCAGAGCGCAAUGUGCCUCAAUUGAAACAGCCUAAUGUAGCAAUUAUGUCUCGAGCUAAGGUUCCACAAUAUACAUCACAGUGGAACGUUCUGCAGGACGUGAACUCCGACGCUGGUGAAAAUGAAGAGGAAGAGGAUGACACUCAUUUCUCCAUGGGAACCAAUUUAAAAUUAGGUUCAUCAAGUGCUACUCCAUUUGAGAAAGAAAAUGAAGAGGAAGCCGUCUACCAAAAACUACUGCAGAUAGUUAAUGAAAGAGAGAAGAAGGAUAUUCCAUUCAAGGAAGAAAAUGAAGAGGAACUCCAUAAACCACUGCAGUUGGUUAAUGAAAGAGAUGAGGAAAACAGUCAUUGGAUUUGCAGAAGAAACGUCUCAAGGUGGUUUAGAGAUAUACCUUUGUCAGGUUAUGUAGCUUUGGUGUUCGUCGUACUUUGGCUGGGUCUGAGACUUUGCAGUAAAGAGUGAGGAUUACAAAGUGAUUUUUCUUUUGAACCGGACACUUGUGGAAGUUCAUUGUGGAAAUAUUAUGCCUUUUCCAAGUAACAAUUCUUGGUUGAUUAAUACAUGAACUCGGAUUUUAUUUUA